AUGGCAGAGGUUGUGACUGGGGCGAAGAACUGCAUAGGCGUAGGCUGUCCAAAAGACGCCGGUGCCUUGCAGUGUCCGACAUGUUUAAAACUUGGAAAAGAGAGCUCGUUCUGUUCACAAGACUGCUUCAAAAGGAGUUGGUCAGAGCACAAGUCUGUCCACAAAUCUGGCUCAAUCGCUCUCCACAACCCUUUUCCAACCUUCCCCUACACCGGACCCCUGAGACCUAUAUACCCGCUAUCGGAAAGAAGAACCGUUCCAGAAUCGAUACCACAUCCAAAUUAUGCUAAGACUGAGGGUGGCAAUCCCAACUACAAGUUCGCGGCGAGGAAUAGUAUCACUUGUCUGGACAAAAAGCAGCAGGCAGGUAUGCGGAAGGUCUGCCGCAUGGCCAGGGAAGUCCUCGAUGUAGCUGCAAGAGAACUCAAGCCUGGUGUCACAACGGACUAUAUCGACGAGGUGGUGCACAAAGAGUGUAUUAAAAGAGACUCAUAUCCGUCACCCUUGAACUACUCGGGCUUCCCCAAGUCCGUGUGCACCUCACUCAACGAAGUCAUAUGUCACGGCAUACCAGACCAGCGCAUGAUUCGGGAAGGUGACAUAAUCAAUCUUGACGUGACUCUCUACCACGGCGGCUUUCAUGGUGAUCUUAAUGAGACAUACUAUAUUGGCGAGAAAGCUCUCAAGGACCGAGAAUCAGUCCGCGUGGUGGAGACAGCCCGGGAGUGCCUGGAAGAAGCAAUUAAACUCGUCAAGCCGGGCAUGGCCUUCAAGGAUCCAGGCACAGUCAUCGAGAAACAUGCCAAGUCAAAAGGCUGCGGCGUCAUUCGGACAUACUGCGGCCACGGUAUUAAUUCACUUUUCCACUGCGCCCCCAACAUACCUCAUUAUGACAAGAACAAAGCUGUGGGAAUCGCGAAACCAGGAAUGACCUUCACGAUUGAGCCGAUGAUCAGUCUGGGUUCUUUCAGAGAUAAGACGUGGCCCGAUGACUGGACGAGUGUUACUUUGGAUGGUUCGAGGACAGCUCAAUUUGAGCACACUUUGCUAGUCACAGAGGAUGGCGUUGAGGUUUUGACGGCUAGGCUUGCAGAUUCACCAGGGGGACCGGUUGAGAUGCCGCCAGAGUUGAAGGCAGACGGUGAAGGUGCUGCAAAUGGAGCGAGUGAUAAGUAG